AUGUCAGACCAACAGCAACAGCCACAACAGCCACCACUUAGACAAGCCUUUCUCUUGUUGGAGAAUCCCAAGAAAUCCAACAAUCUGGGUCCCAUGUUGCGCUGCGCGGCAGCCUAUGGCAUUCGCACUGUACUCGCCGUGGGAUACGCCCAAUGCAGUGUCGAAGGCUCCCAUGGUGCCUCCAAACACGUCGAUAUGGUGGCAUUUGCCACUGUCCAGCAAGCCAUUGCCAGUUUGAGACAACAAAGAGCAAGUGUUUCGGUCAUUGGAAUCAUGGGGGGAUUGGGGGUGUCAUCGUCUACUACAACUGCUAAAGAAAACACUAAUAGUUUGGUCUUUAAUGUAGUCAAGGGGAACGCGAAGAACCACAAGGGAGAAGACCAAGCCAUUUACUAUCCCAACCGGGGACAGAACCUUACCAUCCAACACUCAGCAUCCAACCAACAACAACCACAACAAUCCUACCCCAUUGGAUCUCGUCCCUUUGACCCAUCCGCCGCCCUUCAUUGCUUUGUCAUUUGCAAAUCUACACGAGGUGGAUUGCCCGCUUCCUUGGCACAAGUCUGUGACUUUUUUGUCCACGUGCCACACCAAUCCAUUACUUGCUCUGCUACUACAUGUACUACUGAGAAUAACAAUGGACCCUAUCGACCACCAUUGCUGGACAUUCACGCCUGUUUGGCCGUGGUUCUCCAUCACUUUUCCGAAUGGGCUGGAUACGACGAACGAACCUUUGAGGGACACAAAUUUCAACUGGUACGACACAAUCCACAGCAGGAAUUGGAACAACGGCAGCAAGAACGGAAACGGCAAAAGGAGGCCAUAUUACAAGAAGAGGAGGAAAUGGGAAAUACGACAACCACCAACUUGUUUCAACAAGAUACUACCACUAUGGAUGGUGAUUACUAG